CUUGAGUAAUAAUACUAGUUAAUACAAGGAUUUAAAAGUUCAUAUAUGAAGUACUGUUCUCAUUAUUUCCCAUUAAGUUUGUAUUCUAGUACUGUCUACUAGGGCACGGUUUAAAAUUGAAUUGAAACUUGUUGAUAAACAAAGUUCUGAUCGUUUGAAGUGUCAUGUGUCAUCGGUUAUGGGUGUUUGGAUUUAUUCAGAGUUGUGGGAGCGUUGCAUUUUGAGUAACGCCUAAUAUAAUCUUAUACGACUAUAUAACUGUACAUAUAACUUUAUGGCUAGUAUAAUAUAACUGACUGAAAAAGUAUAUAUGAAACUAUUUUGGCCUUAUCUUACUGGUUGAAAGUAUAGCUUACUUAUAUUCUGACUGUGUGGAUAAAUCAGCGAAAUUGUGCGGGCGACGAUGAGUCAAGUGAGAAAUGAACCAUGGCGUAACGCAGCGGUGCCUCCCAGCCAUGUGAUGGAUGAUUCUGUGAUUUCGGGCUAGCAACUCACUCGCGGUGAUUUAUUUGCUGACAAUAUUAGCAUUUCCGAACAAUAGGAUUUAUUGAAAUAGAUAAUGACGGAACAAUUGGUGCAGUUUAUUCAAAUAGUUAAUAUUGUCUUACAUGUGUGGCAAAGUAAUACACAAUGCACUGAGUGUCGGUUUGAGGAUUUAGUUGUAUUUCGUAUACAUCUUGACUCAUAACUAUCGUGGAUUUAUAUACCCGUGAAUAGUUUAAUACCAAAGUUUUAAACACUUGGAUAUUAUAAGGAACUAUACAAUUGAAAUAUGGGCUUGGUGUUUGCUUUUAAUUUACAUUCUUGACCGAAAUGAAACGCUGCGUAAUGCCACAUAAACUACAAUAGAGUGUCCCAUUAAAAUUGUGAACGUAUUAUUGUGAGAGGAGCAGUUCUUGAUUAAAUGCAGUAUUGUAUAAAUGGCUAUAUAAGCAUGAACAUGUCUAAAGUGAUAUAUCAUACAUGUUUGUGUUAAGUCUUAAUCGUGUUUAGAACCAUAAAACUGUUAGUCAAUUAUAAUGUAAAUCACUGAGCGGCGGGACCCGGGUCGCCACACGGAAGCCGACAUGUACUAUAGUGAAAACAAGUCGAUUGACGAUUUGAAGUUCUGGACAGUACGCCUGCCCCGCUACCAGAACGGAACGCGGACGUACCGCUACCGCGGCCAGUACCAGGUUCACCGCUUCAACGCAGACGAUUUCGGGGACCAGACCCCGCCCAGUUGGUUUAUAACUCGCUGCUCGCGGGCGAUGGCCGAGACAGUGCUGCGGGCGGCUGAGCGGCUCGGAUACGGCAACACGCUGAUGAGGGAGAGCACCACGCACAUGAGCAAUGGAAGUUACGUCAUCUCUAAACUCGUCAGGGAGCAAACUGAUGUGCAGUUUGACCACUACGAAGUGAUCCGGGUGGCUGGUGGCUACAAAAUAAAAGUUGAAAAUGAGCACGAGCCUAUGACGUGUCUGACAGAAGUGAUGCACUACUUCCAACGCAAGUGCGGGCUGGACACGGAGCUGCUCACGACAAAUGACCGUCGGCAGCUGCAGGUGGAGGCCCAAGGCGAGCCUAGCUUCGUCGACCGCUUCACGCCGCAAGAACCCGAGCCAGAUUAUGACGACCCCGGGCCAGGCUCUCCUUCAUGGGGCAAGGACAAUUCCUCCAGACGACCGCCGGUGGAGGGCGGUGGAAGUGGUGGCCGCUGCGUUCCCCCACCGAUGCCGCACAUGCAACGCCCCUUGUCGGCGCCUGGCUACGCGAACCAGGAGAUGGAGCGGGAGGUGAAGGAGGCACAGACCCUCCCGGUCGCCCCUCCCCCGCCUCGCGACCCCAUCGCAAAGGGCGGACCACAGGCCUCGGCAGCCCCACAUACUCCAGGUUCGUUGCGUCCAUCCUCUCUGAUGUCCACCAAGUUGUUCAGUGGCCCAGCCUCCCCGCGGGACGACAAACCCUCCCAGCUAGAACAGAGCCUCGCUAACGUUACUCUCCGUAAAACUGGAAAUAAACCCACUUUGUCAGCAAGCCCGCAACAACAACAACAACAACAACAGGCGUACAGACUAAACGUUUCUAAAUCAGUGCAUUCAGCAAUCAAAUCUCCUGACUCACCGAAUAAGUUCCCAGUUGGGGGAAAUUCACAAACAAAAGUGUCUAGUACAAACGUACCGCUAAACCAGAAAGUAACUAACGUGUGCGCGCCUAGCGUACCAACUGUCUCGUGCAUCACUGAUAAUGGAGCUUCUGGUGUAGACGGCCGGGCUUCUGGUGGAGUUGGCACGUUACUUAAAAGGUUCGAGGUGCUGGGCAAUCCUCAGUCCCCGGGCGGCGAAAAACCUGUGGUUAAAAAAGAGAAGAAGGUGCAGUUCCAACACCAGGAGAAGAGCUCCGUGGACAUUCCCAUGACCGGAAGUGUAGGUCGAUUGGGCGAACGGCGGAAGAGCGAGCCGCCCCUGUUUGCCCAGAAUAUCAAGCAGAAAUUUGAAGGUCUGAACCCCGAGUUUAAGAGCAGGUUGGAGAACAUGAUCGGCGGAGCGCACACGGUGGCCGCGCCCCACACUUCCCGACCGUCCAUUAAAAGCCUGACCGCUUCUUCGGGAACCGCCUCUCCUGUCCGCCCGCUGCCGCCUACCCCACACGACGUGCCGCACGACCACAUCUACGAGGCGCUGCCAGACCACGAUAUCCCGCCAGACGAGGUCACGUAUUACAACGACUCCGGUCACGGUAGCAUGUGAGCCCACGUGACACAGACUGACUGCCUGUUGGACGUCACGUUUUAACCACAACACAGGAAAAAGUGACGGACGCCUGUCACAAACAGUCGCCAACUAACACAGUAACAUAUUUACUCUAACAGCAUACAAGAGAAAAAGCACUAAAAAGUGAAGAAAAAAUCAAUUUGUACAACAUUAUGAAAUCUUGACCUUAGCAGUGUCAGAACGAACAGUAUUCGAAGAAAUGGCCAGUUAUGUAUACAGAGUGAUGAAAGUGCUGCUGUUGUUUUUCAUUAUAUGAUUGGAAGAAUGACCAAAUACUGUUACAAAAAAAUGCAAUUAGUUUGUUAAGUGUGUCUUUUAAUUUCAUCUCAUCCCGAGCCUUCGUAAUUUCUGACUGUGUCUCAUGGACGGAUGUCGCAUUUCCUACGGUCUUUAUAAACCGUAUGUGAUAUAUGUUGUAAAUAACAGAGUCAUUUAAUAUACAUUUACGGUAUACAGAUUUCAAUAUACACAUACUUAUUUUUAUAUUAAAAACAGUAAAACA